UGGCCUCCGCAAGACGAAGAGUCGGAAAAAAGAGCUGAAGGGUGCGACGAAGAGAGACGUCCUUUUCCAACGAUCCUCUUGACUUCUGUACGAAAUUUUCGUCUGGUGUAUACCUUCUGUCAGUAACACAGGACAAGAGCAAAGAUGCGGCUGUCGAUGGUGGUCGAGUUGUUACUGAUCGUCCUUCUGAUCGCGUUCGCCGCUUACGGCAGAGUGAUCGAGCGCGAUGAGAAAGCAGAAGAUAGAGCGAUUAGGGAUGUGAGCGGUUCUGAACAGAGUAACGUCGGUGUAUCGACGUUAUCGUUGAAACAGGCAACCGACAACGUGAACAGAUAUUGCACUUGCAACGAGAACAUAUGCAAUUGCUGCAGAGACUUCCAUAUACCGCUGGUGCAAUUACAAGGACCAGGAUGUGCAUCAUUGCAAUACUUGCAAGGGGAUAAUUUGGCGGUGCAACUUAGCUUCGGUGAUAACAUUCUAACAAGCACAAUCGUAAAUGGAAAGAAUCCAAAGCCCGUAUGCGUCCCGUUACCUGGAGGGUUUACGAAAUUCUGUGGAAGAAUUUAUUCCAUUAAACGGGAUGCUAAAAAUCACUUCAAAGCCUGCCUUGGAUUGGAAUUACAAUCAGCGACAGAACUCGAGGCUAGUUUACGCGUUAGCUGCUUUAGAUUUGGCCCUGACGGUCUAAAGUUACGCCCAGCAGAACCACUUCCGGUAGUGGAAGCUGAGGUCCCGGAAGAAGACGACGAUGACGAUUUCUUUGGCCUCGGUUCGGACGAUGACGACGAAGACGAUGAUGCCGAGGAUAAUGCACCGUUGGCUAACUCCGUACCAAAUUCUUCCGCCGAAGAAGACGAGGAAGAAGACGACGACGAAGAUGUUCUUGGAUUCGGAGCUCUAUUAGAUAUCAUAACUGGCGAAGAUGAGACCGCAACGAAGAAACCAAAAGUAACCACGCCUCCGCCUCUUCUCCAUUUCACGAUUCCAAUUCUAAGUAAACCGACAUCGUCACCAGUAGAUUCUAACGUCGCAAGUAACGUUGCCACUAACGAUUCCGAAGAAGAGAACGAGUAUAAUCAAGAAUCCUCGAACAUGAGCGGAGAAGGCAAUAUCGAAAUAAAUGACGAAUCUACAGCGACCGAUACGACGGGUAGCGAAGCCGAAGAAAUCGUUACACAGGUCUCCAAUAAGAUAGCUUCGUACACGAUGCCGGAUAAAACACCGAUUAAGAAAUUCACAGCGGUUGAUACGAGUACGAAAAAGCCAAGCAUCACGAGCUCCAGCAUCAACGCAAUCGAAAAUGAAACGAACAAGAAGAAGAAACCCUUGAGGAAACCGAUUAAGGGCGAAGAAGACGACGAUGACGAUAUUCUAGGAGAUAGUCUGGACGACGAUGAUGACGACGACGACGAGGAUGAAGACAUUUUAAACGACGACGACGAUGAUAACGAGAAGGAUAGCGAAGCAGAGGAGGACGAAGAUGAGAAGGUUGACGGAAGUGAACACGAGAAUCACGAGGACGAAGACGAGAAAGGCGAGAUUGAAGAUUUAGAUGACGACGACGACGAAGAAGACGCAGUGAUCAGCGCGUUGGUUUAUGACGAAAAGGAGAAUGGAAAGAAGAAGGGCAAAGUGAAGAAGCAUCACCAAUCUUCCGAAGCUUACGACGAUGACUCGGAUUAUGAAUUAGGCUUGACCGGGCUUUUGGCAAGAAGCAGGCAUUCGAGAAACAGUCGCCAGAGCAAAGAAACGAGGUUCUAAGUCUUAUAUUUAUGCUCGUCCCGUUCUAUACACGUAUAGAAUAAUCAAAAGAAACCACGAGCCGAUAGUUUUCCAAAUACAUCAAUCGAUUAUCGGCGAAGAUUAAGUCCACAGUUUAAGUAACCGUUCAAGAUUGGACUUCUUUGUUAAAUCGAACAAUAUAUCGUUGACUAUGUUAAGAAGUAUGGAGACUGAUAGCUUCUUUUUUUUUUGAUAAGAAUCGUUCUAUUAUUUAAUUAACUACUAGUAGAUAACAACAGAUGUAUAAUACUUCUUGUAAAAAGCUUUUCUGCUAAUGUUAUUCGGACAUCAUGAUAAUAGAUAUGAUAGAGUUAUACGUAUUAAAAUGUAACUUUUAUAAAAAGUCGCCAUAUAAAUCUGUGCAAAUAAUUUAAUGCUAUUUAAGACAGUAAUUAAUGUAAUUUAUGUACGGUUAUAUAAUUAAUUUAUUGAAUUUGUAAUUAAACAUAUGCCCUUAUUAAACUUAUAUCUGCAUUAAAUAAACUUAUAUCAGCUUAUACACGAA